CGGUAGACUGCAGUGAUGGAUGUCAGCUCCGUGAAAACGGGGGGAUUGAUGUAUUCUGUGUCUCAGCUCUUAGAGCAGUGCCUGGUGUUUGGUCACUGCUCAGCACUUGGUUGGAUGGAUGGAGCGUCGGAUGUUUUGGAUGUGAAGAUUGAGGAUGAGGAAGGUGUCAGGUUUCCCCUAAAAAAACCUAUAAGGCACGGAAGUAUUUUGAAUCGAGAGUCGCCGACAGACAAGAAGCAGAAAGUGGAGCGCAGCACCUCCCACGAUUUCGACCCUACAGAUAGCUCCUCCAAGAAGACAAAGUCUAGCUCAGAGGAGAGUAGACCCGAGGUGCACGGUCUUGUUCAGCGCUGUGUGGUCAUUCAGAAGGACGACAAUGGAUUUGGGCUGACGGUUAGUGGAGACAAUCCAGUCUUCGUACAGUCUGUCAAAGAAGAUGGAGCAGCCAUGCGGGCUGGGGUACAGACAGGUGAUCGAAUCAUCAAGGUGAAUGGAACUCUGGUGACUCAUUCAAACCAUUUGGAGGUGGUACAGUUAAUCAAAUCUGGCUCCUAUGUAGCGCUCACUGUUCAGGGACGACCACCUGGGCUGCCCCAGAUCCCCCUCGCUGACCCUGAAGGGGAGCCGCCAGCCAUCGGACUCAUGUCUCCCAUCGUGACGUCCCCUCGCUCGCCCGGCGCGACUGGGAACGUGGAGAGGAUCACGAGCCCUGUGCUCAUGGGGGAGGAAAACAAUGUGGUUCAUAACCAGAAAGUAGAAAUUCUGAAGAAAAUGCUGCAGAAAGAGCAAGAACGACUGCAGAUACUGCAGGAGGAUUAUAGCCGAACACCUGCUCCGAGGCUGCUCAGAGAGAUCCAGGCGGCCCGGAAGCACAUCCCCCAGCUGCAGGAGCAGCUGUGCAGAGCCACCGGCGCCGCGCAGGAUGGGGCUGUGAUUACACCCUCCAAGCCUUUGGGUGACACACCACCGAUCAGUGAGAUGGAAGCAGAUGCUGCUGAUGGACUGGGCAGAGCUGACUAUAGCAGUGGAGAGGGUUCUUGGCCCAGUAGUGACAACGCAGACAGUCCUAAGAGUGGCCUGAGAGAGAGGGUUUAUCUUGAGGAAAACCCAGAGAAAAGUGAAGCAAUUCAGGACACGGACACGCAGUCCCUUCUCGGGAGCCCCUCCGCCCGCACAGCACCUCACAUUAUUGGAGCCGAGGACGACGACUUUGGUGCUGAGCACGAACAGAUCAAUGGGCAGUGCAGCUGUUUCCAAAGCAUUGAACUAGUCAAAUCUCGCCCUGCUCACCUGGCUGUUUUUUUACACCACGUGGUUUCACAGUUCGACCCUGCGACAUUGCUCUGUUACCUGUACUCGGACCUGUACAAACAGACCAGUUCCAAGGAGACGCGCCGUGUCUUUCUUGAGUUUCACCAGUUCUUCCUGGACCGAUCCGCACACCUGAAAGUUCCCGUUCCGGACGAGAUAGCAGCAGAUCUAGAAAAAAGGCGACCUGAGCUCAUCCCUGAGGAACUGCACCGCCACUACAUCCAGACGAUGCAGGAGACAGUCCACCCGGAGAUUCAGAGGCACUUGGAAGACUUCCGGCAGAAACGGAGCAUGGGGCUGACCUUGGCGGAGAGCGAACUGACGAAACUCGACGUGGAGCGAGACAAGGACCGGGCGACUUUGGAGAAGGAGCGGGCGUGUGCAGAGCAGGUUGUUGCCAGAAUCGAGGAAGUGCUGAUGACUGCCCAGGCCAUAGAAGAAGAUAAGAGCGCGGCCACGCAGUACGUCAUCUUCAUGUACAUGAAGCACCUGGGAGUGCGAGUGAAGGAACCUCGGAAUCUGGAGCAUAAGCGGGGUCGCAUCGGGUUUCUCCCAAAAAUCAAGCAAAGUAUGAAGAAAGAUAAGGAAGGCGAAGAAAAGGGGAAGCGAAGAGGAUUCUCCAGCAUCCUGGGACCCCCAAGGAGGCCAAGCCGGCAGGACAACAGCGCAAUCGGCAGAGCCAUGGAGCUGCAGAAGCAACGCCACCCCAAGCCCUCCCCCUCGCCCUCCCCUGCGAGCCCCGAGCCUCAGGACGCGGCCAAGUGGCGCCCAAGCGGGUCAGCGAGCGAAGGAGCAGACAUCGGAUACCUGGCGGCCAGUUCCAUGUCCCCUGUGGCCUCCGUGGCCCCUGUCCCCCAGGACGGAGGGAAGGAGAACGAUACGGGAUCGAAACAAGUAGGAGAAACUCCAGCACCUGGAGACUCCGUGGACGGCACACCUCGCACUGCCAAUGCCGUCUUCGACUUCCUGCCUCCUGCGUUGGACCAGGUGCAGGAGGAGGAGUGGGAGGCAGACAGGAUGACUGAACACGGGACCCCAAAGCCCUUCCGAAAGUUUGACAGCAUAGCUUUAGGAGAAAGUCAAAGUGAGGAUGAACAGUUUGACGAGGACCUAGAGACGGACCCACCCAACUGGCAGCAGCUGGCCAGCCGGGAAGUGUUGCUGGGACUGAAGCAAGGGGAGAUCAAACGGCAGGAAGUGAUUAAUGAGCUGUUCUACACUGAGAGGGCUCACGUGCGGACUCUGAAGGUCCUGGACCAAGUGUUCUACCAGCGAGUGUCCAGAGAAGGGAUUCUGUCACCCUCAGAACUACGGAAAAUUUUUUCAAACUUGGAAGAUAUUCUUCUACUUCACAUUGGGUUGAAUGAGCAAAUGAAGGCUGUUCGGAAGAGGAACGAGACCUCUGUUAUUGACCAAAUUGGGGAUGAUUUGCUCACCUGGUUCAGUGGCCUCGGGGAGGAGAAGUUGAAGCAAGCUGCUGCGACCUUUUGCAGUAACCAACCUUUUGCCCUGGAAAUGAUCAAAUCUCGUCAGAAAAAGGAUUCUCGAUUCCAGACUUUUGUGCAGGAUGCUGAGAGUAAUCCACUAUGUCGUCGUCUGCAGCUGAAGGAUAUCAUUCCUACUGAAAUGCAGAGGCUAACUAAGUAUCCUCUUCUCUUAGAUAACAUUGCCAAAUACACAGAGUGGCCGACAGAGAGGGAGAAGGUGAAGAAGGCUGCAGACCACUGUCGUCAGAUCUUGAACCAUGUGAACCAGGCUGUCAAGGAGGCGGAGGACAAGCAGCGUUUAGAAGAUUAUCAGCGUCGCCUGGAUACCUCCAACCUGAAGUUGUCCGAGUACCCAAAUGUGGAAGAGCUCAGGAAUUUGGAUUUAACAAAAAGAAAGAUGAUUCAUGAGGGACCAUUGGUUUGGAAGGUGAAUAGAGAUAAAACUAUUGAUCUCUAUACGUUACUGCUGGAAGACAUCCUUGUACUGCUGCAGAGGCAGGACGACAGGCUGGUGCUGCGGUGCCACAGUAAGAUCUUGGCGUCCACAGCCGAGAGCAGGCACACGUUCAGCCCUGUCAUCAAGCUGAAUACAGUGUUGGUUCGACAAGUGGCAACAGAUAACAAAGCUUUUUUCGUCAUCUCCAUGUCGGACAAUGGAGCCCAGAUCUAUGAGCUGGUGGCCCAGACGGUUUCUGAAAAGAAUGUCUGGCAGGACCUGAUCUGCCGGAUGGCCGCGGCAGUGAAGGAGCAGUCCACAAAGCCAAUUGCCCUGCCGCAGUCGCCACCUUGCGAAGGAGACAAUGAUGAAGAAGAACCUCCACAACUGAAAGUUGAGCAUCAAGGCAUUUCAGCCACUGGUCUGCAGAGUCCAGAUAGGGAUUUGGGAUUAGAGUCUCCCUUAAUGUCGUCAAAACCUCAGUCCCAUUCACUGGGCACCUCUGGGGACUCAGAGGUGGACGGUCUCUUUGUGGCUGAGAGGCCGUCGGCCAAGGAGCAGCACGCAGGCGGGACUGCGAAGGGAGCUGGAGUGAAUUCUCAGAUCGCAGCCCCAGACCCACCCCUGCCCGUCUCAGAAGAACGGUGGGCACUGGACGCACUGAGGAACUUGGGUCUGCUGAAGCAGCUGCUGGUGCAGAAGCUGAGUCUGGCUGAGCGGGGCGCUCGGGAAGACUGGCCCCACUGCUCCCGGCACCGGGCAGCCUCCCUGGGGGCGCAGGCCGGCCGCGGCGCCCAGAGCUGGGAAGGUGUGAGGGCCCCUCCUCCUGCCGGAAGACAGGUGCCCUGUGGGACUGGAACCGGUGUCGAUCUGACUUGCCACAGUCCACGGACUUCCACUGAAUCCCAGGCUCCGCGGGACUCCGUGGUCCUGGCGUGGCAGGAUGGCCCCGCGAGUGACGUUUUAGUCACGGACCGUGUGCCCGCGGCCCCGGAAGCCCCUCCUGCAGACCCCGAAGGUGGUCUCGACGAGGGAGGCGAGCGCUUUUUCGAUGCCCGUGAAGCGCACAGUGACGGGCACCCGUCCGAGAGCGAGGGGGCCGCUGAGGAGGAGGAGAAGGGCGUCCGCUCACACGUCUCAGGAAACUAUCUGAUCCUCGAGGACUACGGAGCCCUGCAGGAGAGCUCGACCGACGAGGAGGCAGCCUGCACGCUCCCCCAGCCCGCGACAGGCCUCCCCGCCGCGGACUGCGCCCCACAGCGGCAGGAGGGGGCGUUGUCACCAUUCACCCCGGACUCCCUGGUUCGGCAGCCCUGGGGCGCUGUGGACCCCUGUUCUGAGACCCUGAGUUCCCCCGCUGGUACAGACGCACAGCGUGUGAUCGAGGUGUGCAUCCGCAGGAUCGAGGCCGACCUGGAGCACUUACAGAAGGUGGAGGAGAGCUACACCGCGCUGUGCCGCAGGCUGGCGGGGUCCGCCCCCUCCGGCAGACACUCAGAGAACAGUUAGAGCUGAAUGUCCUGGAGGUUGUUGAAUUGGGAGCGUCAGCCCUGGAUCAGCGCAUCGUGGCCCUGCGUGGACGAAGAGGGACCAGGCCC